AAAUGUCUGGCAUCGCUUGGUGGCCCAGGGCCUUGUUCGCCUGCUUCUCGUCUUCUCCGUCUCGUUUCAGUUCGAGACUCUUUCAUUUUCAAGAUGUCUAAGCGAGGACGUGGUGGAACCGCGGGUGGAAAAUUCCGCAUCUCUCUGGGUCUCCCGGUGGGUGCCGUCAUGAACUGUGCUGACAAUACAGGCGCAAAGAACCUGUACGUUAUUGCCGUUUAUGGCGUUAAGGGUCGUCUUAACCGCUUGCCUGCUGCUGGUGUUGGAGACAUGUUUGUUGCCACUGUGAAGAAGGGUAAACCUGAGCUCAGGAAGAAAGUAAUGCAAGCAGUGGUUGUUCGGCAAAGGAAGCCUUUUAGGAGGAAGGAUGGAGUGUUUAUAUACUUUGAAGACAAUGCAGGGGUGAUAGUCAACAACAAAGGCGAAAUGAAGGGGUCAGCUAUCACCGGACCUGUUGCAAAGGAGUGUGCUGACCUGUGGCCUAGGAUUGCAUCCAACUCCAGCAGCAUUGCUUGAACACUUCGUAUUAUGCUCUGUAUUCCCUUUGAACAUCUGGCCUAUUGAGCAUAAAUACAGUUCAUCCUCAAAAAAGUUUUGGAGUUUUACACUAGCAAGAAGUAGUAUAGUACUAGGACUCUAGUUUGUAUUCUGAUUUCAAACCUGAAAGCUGCCUCGCAUCCUAAUUUAUGGCUGCUGUAUUUUUAACUUAAGAACCUAAGAUUGUUUUAAUUCAUUACCUUAGAUUAAUAAUUUGCAUGUUCCUAGCUAGAAUGGUUAAAUCUUCUGAAUUGGCACACUAAAUUCAAUUGGUUAAAUUCUGCUAGAGAAAUUAGUUGCCAAUUUGACAUAACUAGAAUCAAGAUUAUUCCUUCUUAUUCCACAAGAUAAUUUAUAUCAAGUUUAUUCAUGCAUUGUUUCUGUUAAUCUUGGAACUGAUGUCGAUCAAACAAAUAUUAGAAAACAUUAGCUGAUUAUUUUUUCAAACACUUGAAUUUGGAAUAUGACUUAACUGGGAAAUUAGGAACGUAAAUAUGUCCAACUGGGAACUUUUGUGUACCGGCAGUAUCGGAGCUCACUGCACUACGUUGCUCAUGCCGUGUGAUAAGGAACUUGAACGGGGAAAAGGUUUGUUAUAGUAACCCUACGUUAUCGACUGGUGAAUGGUGUAGGGGCUUUUUUUAAGUUUUUAGGCAUCAAUAGAUGUAAAAGAAAAAUCAAAGUAAUCUUGUCUCGCAACUAAUAUAAAAGGCGUGCGAUCGACGAACGUUAUUCACUCUAGGUUUUCUUCUUGGUCUUAUUGAAACUUAUUAAAAAUGUGCAAGUUUUUCGCUGUACCAUUGCUUUUUAUAGGCUCUGUUUUGUUGUGUCCCUUACCGUCGGAAUGCAAUCCCACGCGUAAUUUGAAUAAUUCUUCUCAUCCCAAGACACAUAAGGCUCUAACAAGGAUUGAAAGUUCGAUAGAAAGAAUUGCAGAAUUGGGACCGUUGUUGUCUGGAUGCCCAUUUACCCUCAAGCUCAAUCAAAUGGACAAUCGAAUUCCGUCGACGUUUUAUGAAAUCGAAUGCCUUCACUGCAACAAGUGCGUUAAUCAUGGCUCCAGCUCCAAGUGCACACAACUGGUGACUGAAAUGGAAGCCCUUUUUCAACGACCGGACAACUCUACUUGGAUUGAUACAUUAAUUGUAAAAGCCGGAUGUCAUUGCAUGCCUGUUUCAAUUCAAACAAGACACAGCUCAAACACUAGAGUUUGAAAGUUGCUUUUUUUUGUGAAGUAAGAGAGUGUGAGAGUGUGAUUAAUUCAAUAGUAAGCUUUUAUUUUUAUCCGUCCGUAUGGUUUUCUUCUAGUGAAUGUACAAAUCCAUUUUUUAAACGCGUUGUGUUUCCUCAGUUAGCGGACAAAUGUUAUUUGUAUAAUAUAUUAAUACAACGAGAAUAAAAACUGA